UUCAGUGGCGUAGACUGACGGACUCGUUAGAAAUUACCUCCAUAAUCAAAUAUUUCUUAUGACCUUUUUCGAGCAGCCAACGUACGACAAGUUCUAUCUAAGAAAGAGCAGGCAAACAAAAAAGUGCGUAACAAAACAAAUUAGUUUGACAAAUUACUUACAGCGUUUUUCGAAACCUAGCUCUCUAUUUCAGAAAAUCACUGACCAGAAGAAUCAGAAUUGCAUUUAUAGUCAAAAAAUGCCAAGACACCACCCUGUCCUUCUGAAUAGAACUAACAGCGAUACUUCCGCUGUCGUUAGAGAGCAGGUCUGAUCCAGCCGCAAAUCACACGGUAGUGAUAAUAUGUGAUGAUUGAACAGAACGUUUUCGCAUAUAGCAACUUUAUACGUAAGCUUUACUCCGUAGGUGACGCAACGUGUCUCACUGUACUUAGUCUCAACCUUUUCUCAACUUAUAGCUAUAACAUACAGCUUUUUCAAAAAGAAAGUGAAGUCACCAAUACAUUUAAUGAGUAAUGAGUAAAUACUGUCAACUCAAAUUGGUUUUUGUAUUUGCUAUCUG